UAAAGCUCCGUCCCACAUUCCAUCAUCAUAAUAUAUACAUAAGAGAUCAGCCUUUGACAUUUGAAUUUUUUGACAGCAUUUGGUUUUGGUGAUAUAUAUUCUCCUCCUCCUCCUCCUCCUCUCCCUAAUUCGAUCGAUAUAUCUAUUAAUUGUUGCGAGCCAUGGAUCAAGCAGAGCUUGCACGAGUCUUCCAGAUGUUCGAUCGAAACGGGGAUGGUCGCAUCACGAGAAAAGAGCUUAGCGACUCUUUGAAAAACCUGGGGAUCAACAUCUCGGAGGAAGACCUGAUCCAGAUGAUCGAGAAGAUCGACGUGAACGGAGACGGGUACGUGGACAUGGACGAGUUCGGCGAGUUGUACCAAACGAUAAUGGACGAGAAAGACGAGGAGGAGGAUAUGAAGGAGGCCUUCAACGUGUUUGAUCAAAAUGGAGAUGGCUUCAUCACGGGGGAGGAACUCAGCGAGGUCUUGUGCUCCCUAGGGCUAAAGCAUGGCAAAACCGUACAAGAUUGCCAAAGCAUGAUCAAGAAAGUCGAUGUUGAUGGCGAUGGAAUGAUUAACUACAAAGAGUUUAGGCAAAUGAUGAAGGCUGGUUCCUUUGCUGCUGCUUCAUUAAGUUGAGACUUCACAAGGUUAGAGCCUGUAAUAAUGUAAUGUUAAUGUUAAUGUAACUCUUUUCUCUUUUAUGGAUAGAUCGAAUUUUGCACAUAAAAGAAGAAAUUAAUUAAUGACUAAGAUGCCCUUCCCUAAUUCUAACUCAAUGGGGGUCAAAUGGUUUCUUCA